CACAAGUGGAACAAAGCCGAUUUUAAUGAGCUCGUGGCAGAGGCAACACAUGAGCCCAGCACUUGUCCCUGCCAACUAUAAAUGGCAACAGGCUGGAGGUUUAUGCGAAAAGUUGUGCAAAGUAAUAAGCAAACAAAACACAAGCCAAGCUAAAUCCAAGCAACAAUAAAGAAGAACCAUCAAAAGACCAAAACAAACUAACCGCAGAGAAACGCUUAAAUCAGCAAAAGAAAACACUGCCAGGCAGUUGGAAAAGUUUUCCCGCCACACGGAGUUCCAUCUGCUGAAUUCCAUCCAGUCCUCAUCAUCGGCUGGCUUGGUGAUUGUUUCGCAAAAGGAUUACCCGACUCGUACAUAUUAUGCUGUAAACAUGAAAUACCCAAACGAUACACGAAUCAUUGUGCUCAUUUGCUGUUUGCUGCAAGGUCUGGCCGUGGGCCUGCGCAUGAUCAAGGUCUCCAUUCCCGCCUACAAGCUGCGGGGCGAGUCCGCCUUCCUCGAGUGCCAGUACGAGCUGAACCGCACCCACCACCUAAGCCUCGGCGGCCAUGGACUGCAGACGCACUCGGAUCACAACUACGGCCGCAACCACGAACACGACCGCCCGUCUCACCCGGGAGACUUCCACUAUCCGGAUGGGGAGUCGGUGGACGAUGAACGGCCUCCGCAUCGUGGUCGGGUGCACCAGGGUCAGCGUCAGCAUGGACAGCGCCAGCGGCAAAGGGACCGAGAGCCGAUCGCCAUGGGGCAGUACCGAAACCCACCGCCCCUGACGCCACCAGAAAAGUCUCCCUAUGGCCACAGCGUCUAUCGCGGCAGUGCUGCCUCCGGGUACCUGGGCGCUCAUGUGGGUGCCAGCACCCACAGCGGUGGCAGCAUCAGUUCCAACGGCGGCUCCAUGGGCUACAUGCCUGAAUUCGACCGAGCGGAUAGCUUCGGGGACAGCGCCGAGGAGGAGGAUGAGGAUGAGGAGGAGCAGGCCGAGGAGGGCGAGGCCCUGUACGCCAUCAAGUGGUACAAGGACAACGAGGAAUUCUAUCGCUAUGUGCCCAAGGCACGACCCCCCAAAACCAGCUACCGCGUGGAUGGAGUCCGUGUCAUUGAGGAGCUCUCCGAUGCCAGUCGCGUGCUGCUGCGAGGCCUCACCCUCAACUCCACCGGCCUCUACCGCUGCGAGGUGUCCGCGGAGGCGCCCAACUUCUCCUCGGUGCAGGGCGAGGGCCGCAUGGAUAUUGUCUUUCUGCCCCGCGAUGGUCCGCACAUCAGGGGCCAGCAGUAUCAGUAUCAAAUUGGCGAAUAUCUAUAUUUAAAUUGCACGUCGGGGAAAUCGCAUCCGGCCUCGCAUCUGCAGUGGUUUGUCAAUGAGCAGCCGAUCCUGGACGAGCAUUACCUGUACAAAUACAACGAUAUCGUGCACAAACACGGGCUAAUCACCUCGACGCUGGGCCUGCAGCUGCCGCUGGAGUCGCGCCACUUCCACGACGGCGACAUGCGCGUCAAGUGCCUGGCCAGCAUAUCCCCGGUUCUGUGGAAGGGCGGCAAGGAGAGUGUACUCCAGCGGCGGCCGGGCAUCAUUGACAAUCGGGAGGCCAUGCUCUUGGUGAGAAGUGCAGCUGGCCAUUCGCAGAACAGUCUACUGCGGUCCCUAACCAUCACCAUUAUUCUGGCACGCGCGUGUCAGUGGCUCCUCGGCUCGGAACUUACCUAAGCGACCAGAGGAGGCACAGCCCCUGCCCAACCCGACUCGUUUCAAUUAACAUGAAUUCAUUUUCAAUUCAAUUCAAUUGCAAUUGCAGAGCAUAAAUGGUGAUUUUGUAUACUUUAAGUGUAAUAUCCUUAGUUGUUAAGAGCAAAACCGCAACAGAUCAGAUCAGAUCGGAAAGACAGGGGGCACGGAGCACUGGAUCACAGGAUGACAGGAUCACUGGAUCACCAAUCAAAAGGCGACAAAUUGGGUAAAUGUGUUAUAGCAUGUAAAAAUCAUUAAAACAGAAACCAGUUACAUACUCGUAGUAUUAAAGACAGGAGAGUUCAUGCAUCCACUCGUACAUAUGUACAUAAAAAUUGAUGUACUUAUGUACAUACAUAGAUGUAAAGCCACCACAUUGGAGCACUGCCCAAUGCAAAGGCCAGAAACAGAGGCAAGAAAACGGCAGAGCGGAAUUCAAUUAGCAAAAUUGUUGAGCAACUAAAUUCCCAUCCGGAAUAUCACUCCACCAUCCCCAUCCCAUCUUCCCCAUCCCGCCCGGCCCAGGGCUCGUUGUGCGUAAUUUCUGUGUAAAUAAUUCAAUGGGAGGACUAAAGUCCAAGGCAAACUCCAAGCUCUUGUCUAAUAAUGUCUCAUUGGCAUCAGUUUCGAAUGGGAGCUGGAACUUUGCCAUAACAGAUGCUAAAACUAGAUAAUUCCUAAAACGAAAAGUGAAACAAAAGCUUGAAAGUGCAACGACAUUUUUUGUUUUUCAGCCUUUCAGUCUAUUCAUUCUGUUAUUCUGGCCAUUGAAGGGAAUAUUAUAGUUUGCAUUCAGUUUUGUAAUUGCUCUAACAGAAUAAAACAGAAGAGAACAGUAGACAACUGUGAAAAUGCAUGAGUUGAAUUUGCUUUCAAGAAUUGUCAGAAACUAAUGUGCACAUUUCCAUUGUCAGAACCUUUGAAGUGCAGCUCCGUGAAUAAAUAUGAACACACUGUAUAAAAGAGAAAUUUGAUAUAGUCGUAUAUACUCGUACAUAAAUACAUUUAUGCAUAAGAUCCUCUGUUUAACUAGAACUAUAAGCUCUCUGUUUAAGUUGUAGUGGCUCUAUCGAGUCGAACUAUCGAUUGAGGAGAAUUCCAUUGACUUGUACGUAGUAUUACCAAAAAGAAGAAUACUUUGAAAGGCUCCCCCCCCCAGAUAUAACUACUAUAUAUAAAGAGAAUAUGUAAAUGUAUACAAUAAAUGAAGAAUGACGAGACCCAUAACCCGAGACCCGAGACGCCCUUCUCCCCAGAGUGUUUAAACAAAUAUAAAUGUGAAAGCAAA